GUACUGGCUCGUGUUGAAGGGAAGUCACUAGUGAGAGGAGUCAAUCUGUUCCAGUUUGCUGACAUGCUAAUCAAGAGAGGUGUUGUUAAUGCUGUUAAUCUUGAUGGAGGUGGGUCCAGUCUACUAAUGGAAGGGGACACUAUACUCAAUUACCCUGGGGACUACUGUCAUAUUGAUGGUGUUGAUCCAUUGUUCCAAUGCCCAAGGAAUGUCUCCACUGUACUGUGUGUUCAUGAUGUUGAGGAGUGUUCUCAUGGUGACUGUAAUUGUAAUGAUCCAUGGUAUGGGAAGAAGUGUGAAUUUAUAAACUGUACUAAAACUGAUUGCACUGGACAUGGAGUGUGUACUAAUGGUAAAUGUACCUGUGAAGCAGGUUGGUACGGAAAACUUUGUGAACAACCUUGCUCACGUAACAGAUAUGGUUUAGGUUGCAAGUCAGUUUGUAAUUAUUGUGUCCUCAAUAAAAGUUUCUGUCAUCACGUCACUGGCCAAUGUGUGUGCUAUCCAGGCUUUGCUGGAGAAAAGUGCAACAAAAUCUGUGAUGGUAAACAUUAUGGUGUUAACUGUGCUCAGAAGUGUUCUUGUGUUCAUGGUACCUGCUCUCGUAUUGAUGGAUUCUGCACUUGUGAUGAGGGAUGGGCCGGUAAGAAGUGUGAUAAACAAAAAUGGCUAUGAGCUGAAAUUAACUGAAGAUAAAGCAUUAGAAUAGGCUCACUAUAGUAGUAGUCUAGUGUAUUAAUAAUCUUCAAUAUAGCAGCAGUACUAUAUUAGUAACUUAGCAUAGAAGUUUCAGAAAUUAGUAGCUUAUAUUAUUUUCACAGUAUUUAUAAAUGUACUAUUAUUUAUUUAUUUAUUUUAA